UCUAUUACCGUCGCACUUACUGGUGCUGCUGGCCAGAUAUGCUACUCCCUUGUAUCAAUGAUAGCACGAGGCGAUAUAUUUGGUCCCGAGCAGGUUUGUUUUUUGGCUUCAAUAUGCCAGCCUGUUGUUCUAAAACUUUUAGAAAUAACUCCUGCACUCAAUUUACUAGAUGGAAUCGAUCUUGAGCUUCAGGAUUGCGCCUUCCCUCUUCUUGCUGGUCUUGUAAAGACUGAUGAUCCUUUAGUGGCCUUUAAGGAUGCCGAUUGCGCCAUUCUAGUUGGUGCGAUGCCAAGAAAAGAGGGAAUGGAGAGGAAAGAUUUAUUAAAGGCUAACGUAAAAAUAUUUAAAGAACAAGGAAUUGCUUUAGACAAGGUAGCGAAGAAGACUGUCAAAGUCCUUGUUGUGGGAAAUCCUGCCAAUACUAAUUGCCUUAUUUGUUCGCAUUUCGCACCUUCGAUUCCGAAGGAGAACUUCAGCGCUCUUACUCGCUUAGAUCAUAACAGAGCUUUAGCCCAGGUUUCUCGCAAGUUGAAUAUCCCUAUAACUGACGUUCGUAAUGUUAUUAUUUGGGGAAAUCACAGUGUUACCCAGUUUCCUGACGUUGCGCAUGCUACUGUGAAAAUUGGUCAUUUAGAUGAAGGUGCAGUUAAGGCUAUAGCUGAUGACAACUGGAUUAAGAAGGAAUUCUUGACUACGGUGCAGAAGCGAGGCGGUGUAGUUCUGGCUGCUCGGAAGUCUAGUAGCGCAAUGUCUGCAGCGAAAGCUGCCGUAGAUCAUAUGCGUAGUUGGUGGUCUGGAACUCCUGAGGGUACAUGGGUCUCAAUGGCCGUGGUUAGCGACGGAUCUUACAAUGUACCUAAGGGACUCGUUUUCAGUUUCCCUGUUUCAAUUUCUAACAAAUGCUGGAAAAUCACACAUGGCUUAACGAUGGAUGAUUUUGCCCAGCAACACAUAAACCUAAACAUCAAGGAGCUGAAUGAAGAAAAAGAGGCUGCGCUGGCUGAAUGCAGCUGA